UCUUGUUAUAGUCGUUUGCUGCUAAACAUUCAGAGGCUGAUAUUCUUCUUGCUGAUGUAACGAAUAAAUAUUUUUACUACACUCGCACUCGAGGAUUAUUUCGGAUCUGUUUUCCAAAAGAGAGACCACCAGUUAGUACAGUACCUACAUAUUUAUCACCAAUUGAAACACACUGCUCAAAUAUUGAUUAUUUUCCUGUACUGGAUGACGAUAAACUUUCGAAUGAAGAUGCUACAUCAAGGUUACAUCUAGCUAGAUCUUGUGUUGCUCUAUAUAUUAUAAGUUUCUUAACCUUAUUUUGUGCAUUUUGGACGGGACUUUCUGGAUGCUGGAAAAGGUCAUCUGGAGCAAUUACAGCAACGUCAAUAUUGCUAUUAGCAUCUUGUCUACUUGCGGCUGGUGCAAUGGGCUUAUGGCAUACUGUGGAAUUUUUUGAAAGAGAAAAGGUUGUCGGCGAAGAUUUUUUUCAACAAUGGAAUACGGUUUUAAAAGAUAAUACCAAAAUUGUGUACGAUUGGUCUUAUGCAGUGGCAUGGGCUGGAAUAGCAACAUGUCUUCUCGCUGCUAUUUUACUUUCUGGAGCUGCUGUAUGCCUACGAAAUGAACGUGAAAAAGAAGAGCAAUUAAACUUACAGUACUUGAUGCCAGUUUACUCGCAAAAACAGCCUCCUUAUCCACCAUAUGCUAACUAUGCCCAGCAUCAGAUAUAUCCCGGACCAUAUUAUCAUGGGUCUCAGUACGGCCCUUAUAAUUAUUAAAUUUCAACAUUUUACUUAAACUGAAUAAACUACAAAAUAACUACUAAAAUAUUUAAGUCAAAGGCAACAUAACGGCAUGUACUAUGUUAGUUUUUAUUGCAAGAAAACAAAGUCUUGAUUUUUUGGUAAAAUGUCGCUCAACCAUACGAUUAUAAUCAUAUAUAAUUUGAAUAUAAUAUUCUGUUAGUUAUGUUAAUACAAAUAUUAUAUAUACUUAUAUUAUUAUUGUUGUAAUGUUUAUAAUUAUUUAAUUUUACAAUUAUAAGAUCCAAUAAAAUAGCGCAACAAAUGAAUGCAGCAACAUUUUGCUGUGAUCAAUUUUUAUAAAUGUAAAAUUUAUUUUUAAAUUUAUGUAAUACUUUUUAGUCUUAAAUAUGUUUUUAUACCGAAAUGUGCUUUAAUAUAAAAUAAAAAAAUAUAUAAUAU